AUUAACCACGUCACGAAAGUUGAGAGUUGAGAGGGGAUUGCUUUUUCAAAAUGUUGGACGAGAGCGAAGCUGCGAGUACAGUGGAGGGACCUCGGUUGAAGCACGUUAUGCCUACCGCCGCUCAUCACCUGCUCUCGGAUGUCCCCGAGGUUGCUCCUUCCGAGUUGUACGAUACUGUCCAGAGUUUGCCUACGAACGCCGUCAAGGACUUGUUGUCCCAAGAGAUAUGUGCUCGCUGCAUCUUUCGGCUGUUUGGGGUCCAAGGGCGCAUCUAUUCAUGCUCCCUGCUUUCAUCUUCAACCAUGAGUUGUAUUAUUGGAGGAUCAACUGAUUUAGACAGAGAUACGAUGGAUAGUUGUUUUAGAAAAUGUGAAAACCUAAGUAGUUCCAAAGAACCCAAAUGUGAUGCUACGCUUUGCAGCCUUUGUUUAGGGAUCCUGCAGUUCAGAUUUUCCCGUGACACAAGGCCUCUAUUGAAAAAGAAUACUCCUGAUGCUAUGGCUGUCUUAAUUGCUGACACGGUUAGGAAAGAUGGCCAUCAGAUUGAUAGCUUUUCCCUUGAAGUUUCUGUACCACCUGUUAUCCUUGAAAAUGAGAAUGGAAUUCAGUCAUACAUGAGAACGAAAUAUGGAGCUGAGCCUUGGUUCCAAGAAAAGUUACAUUUUGGACGUGUGUCUACAAAGGACGCAUUAAAGUUUUCAAUAGUUUAUCCUCUUGAAAAUCUUCUUGGCUAUAAAUCAAGUAUGAACUCCUUCCGUAUCCGUUUGACAUAUGGCCACUCUAACUCAUCAAAAGAGGCUAGAAAGUGUUCAGAUGGUGAUAAGAGUUGCAAGAGAAUAAGAACAGCUAUUCUCCAAGACCAACAUGUGCCGGAAUUAUUUGUAGGUGUGGACAACAGAGUGGGUGUUGCCUAUGAUUCCAUGGUUUCUCACAGUGAAUGCUCAGAUUCUUUCAAAGUUGAAUCCAAUCCAGUUGGAGAAAAGCCUUACAAUAGUAUGCUAGAAAAUGAGUCCUCUGAGUCCUGCGGCAUGGUUCUAGAAAAGGUAAUUGAACCUUGCCAUUUUACAGUCUGUUGCUACAGAGCACCCAUCUAUUUUGGUGGAAGAUACCUGAAGUAUUCGCGGAAUGUGAGUCAAACACGCUGGAUCAUUGAUGAUGAAAGAAUGGGGGAAGCAUCUGUCGAGGAAAUCAUUGGGGGAAACAUCCUUCAAAAGUGCCAUGGUGAUAGCUAUAAGUUUCAUGCUGCUGGCAGAGAAGAUAUUGACGUCCGAAUGUUGGGUCCAGGCAGGCCAUUUCUUGUUGAGGUGCAAAAUGCACGACUCGUCCCAUCUGAUCUUCUUGUAAAGAAUAUAGAGAAAUUGAUAAAUAACUUGGAAAAUAAACUGGUUAGCGUGAAAAAUCUGAAGUUGGUUGGCAGCCAUGGUUGGAAUCUUAUGCGUGAAGGAGAGGCAGAGAAACAGAAGCAAUAUGCUGCUUUAGUGUGGAUUUCUCGUCCUCUGAAUGAUGAAGAUUUGCAAUCUGUGUCUUCACUCAAGGAUUUGAAAAUAUUGCAGAGGACACCAAUAAGAGUGUUACAUCGUCGCAGUCCUUUAGAGCGUGAAAAGAUUAUUCACUGGAUGACAAUAGAAACGGUCGCUGGAAGUUCCCAGUAUUUUCUUUUGCAUUUGUGCACACAGGCUGGAACCUACAUCAAAGAAUUUGUUCAUGGAGAUCUUGGACGCACACAACCGAGUAUUGGAUCGAUUUUGGGCUGUAGAGCUGAAAUUUUACAGCUUGAUGUCACAAAUGUCAAAAUGGACUGUUUCCUUCCUUCAUAAGGCUCUGUGCCUGCCUUCUGGUUAAAGGGACGAAUCUAGCGCAGUGGUAAUUUGAACAGCAUUCAAGUAACACGUCCACAAACCGUACCCUCUGGUUUCAUCCAUCAAACCAGGGUUCCGAUUGAUAAGAUUGAAAUUGUGUUUAUUAUGCCAUUGUAGUUUAUAUUUAAUCAUUAUUAUCUUUUUGAAAAAAUUACAAGUUAUUUCCGUUUGAUAAGAUUGACUUUUGUAUUUUGAUCGGUUAUUCACAAUAGAGAAUCUAGCAGACUUUUUUUU